CAGUACGGUACGUCUUCUUAAUAAGUCCGUCUAAAGAUGGCGGAGUAUGCAAACCUUGUCCGAAGGGCUUUGGGGCAACUAAGAGGUCAUGCAGGUGUAAAAGGUUUCCUUCUUCAGCUAUUCAGAGUGAAUGAUGUAAAAGUAGGAUCCCUGAUUGGUGUGGAUAAAUAUGGAAACAAAUACUAUGAGGAUAAGAAGCACUACUUCUUUGGACGGCAUCGCUGGGUGAUCUACACCACAGAGAUGAAUGGGAAAAACACCCUUUGGGAAGUGGAUGGCAGCAUGGUGCCAGCUGAAUGGCAUCGCUGGCUGCACUGUAUGACAGAGGACCCACCCACCACACACCCACCAGAGCCCAAGAAGUUUCUGGCUGAGGUCCACCAGUUCAAUGUGAGUGGCUCCCCACAGCAGUAUGUGCCCUACCCGACCACCCGCAAGAAGAUCCACGAGUGGGUUCCUCCAAAAGCCGGAGCUCAGUGACCCCUGACUGCACAUUUCAUUUUCCAAAGUGUAAAUUAUAAUCUAUCCUGCCACUGUCCCCACCAUGUGCUGAAUAAAACCUGUAUAUGGAAGU